CAGGAGGCCCUCUCGUGUUGUUAACCCAACCGUCUGCUCAGCAAAGGACGUCAGUAGGGCGGCAGCAGUCGAGCUGUUUACAACGUACGUCUCACGUCUCUCUGCUUCGUAUCUCGUCGUUUGCAAAGUUUUCCAAGUUUCGGGUUUUUUGGGGCCAAAACAAAAAAACAAACAAAACAGUCACUUUCUCUGUCUGUUGUCUUCGAGUUGAAUAUUUCGCCGUGUUUUGUGCCGUUUCCUAUCAAAGUGCCGAUCCGAGUGAGUGAAAUCUGCCAGUGCAAAUUGAAAUAUUGGAAAGAGUUGCGCGACGGCUGUGAGAAGAGAAAACCGAAAAAUCAAGAAAAGAUAAAGAGAGUGUCCAAGUGACCCCGACUUUCAAUUAAAUUUGAUUGAAUGGCUGAUUUCGCAGCAUGAAGAGAGAGAGUCCAAGUCAACUGUCAAACCAAUUGAAUCCUUUCCACUUGGCAGUCCAAGUUGAAUGAUCAAUUGACAAUCAAUUCGAAUUAAGGACACAGUCGAAAAAAGGAAAAACGAAGGUCUUGUUGUCCUUUUCCCGGUCACUUUGCGGAUCAAUUUCGACCAUCGUGUCGUUUUCCUGUUUUCCGCCCGUGUUUUUGCCCGUGUCCGGUUCCUCGCCAAAUUGGUUCGUCGGUGAUCGACAGAUCGGAUUAACUAACAUCAGUGUGUGUCGGACGUGAUCUCUGGUUGGAUUUUCUGUCAUCGAGUCUCCGGACCGGUCGACCGUCACACCCAUCGUGAUCACCUUGGUUUCCUUUUUGAUUUGCCAAAAGACGUUGGAAAUAAUCGUCACCAACUUCGGAACCAAAUCAACUAGAACAACCGACAUCAGAUUUUGAAUAAAAGAUUUCCAGAAGCCGUUUGGGGCAGGAGAGACGUGCUCUGUCUACUUCGAGACUGACGACGGAAGAAAGUCGGUAGGCGUCGGACCAAGACAUGGAGUGCGCCGCACCAACAUCACGGCGUCGUCGAGAUUGCAGAGUGGGAAGCGUCGCAGCGCUCGCCAUCGUCGUAAUGAUGGCCACGACCGUCGUCCUUCCAGCAGCCGCACUCGACACGAGUCAAUGCGUCGGCGCCUUGGGCAUGGAAUCGGGAGCCAUACGCGACGAAGACAUCGCCGCCAGCUCGUCGUUUGACGGCGCCAGCGUCGGACCGCACAACGCCAGAGUGCGCGUGGAGAGGAACGGAGGCGCGUGGUGUCCUCGCCAACAGGCCACUCAUCAGCCACGAGACUGGCUCGAGAUCGACUUGAAGACGGACCACGUCAUCACGGCUGUCGAGACGCAAGGACGAUUCGGCAACGGCCAAGGACAAGAAUUCGCUGAACACUUUCUACUUGAAUAUUGGAGGGAAUCGUUGGCCAAAUGGGUUCGCUACAAGGACAUUAAAGGCGAAGAGGUAAUUGCUGGAAAUACAAACACGUACGUGGCCGAGAAACGCGAAUUGGACCCGGUGCUAAUCGCCCGCAAGUUGCGCUUCUUCCCUUACAGCCAUCACCGACGGACCGUCUGCAUGCGAGUCGAGAUUUACGGAUGCCCUUGGUCUGAGGGAAUUGCCAGCUAUUUGAUGCCGCAGGGAGACCAGCGAGGAGCCGGCUGGCAAUUCUACGACGCUUCUUACGACGGCAUCUGGGACGGCUCUUUAUUGCGCCAAGGACUCGGUCAACUGACUGACGGCAAACUCGGUCCCGAUAACUUCAAAGCCAGCUACUACGACCAAGAUCGAGGUUGGGUUGGAUGGCGUAAUGACUCGCGCAACGGACAGCCCGUUGAGAUCGUCUUCGAGUUCGACACGGUCCGGGACUUUACGUCGCUCAGUAUCUUCGCCAAUAAUCAGUUUACCAAAGACGUUCAGAUCUUUUCCGAGAUGCAAGUGCAUUUCAGCGUUGGGGGACAAGUCUACCCUGGUGAGCCAAUCAUCUACCGCCCUCCCGAGGAUCGCAUAUUCGAGAAUUCACGCAACAUUAGCGUCAAGUUGCACCACCGAGUCGGUCGCUACGUGAAAUUGCGCUUGUCCUUUCCGGCUCCUCCGGCUCGUUGGAUUCUCAUCAGUGAGGUGUCGUUCCGCUCCGAAAUUGCCGCCAGGAAUUACACGACUGAAGUGGACGGCAGUCCCGUCACUCCGCCAGCCGCCGCUCCCAAUCCGCCCGUGUCAAAUUUGCCACUCCCACCAACCGGUCACGAUGUCGGGAUCAACGCCGGAUCAUCUGAUCAAACCAACGAGACGAGUCCGCCGACCAGAGAAAACCAAACGUACAUGGCCAUCAUCGUUGGUGUUCUGGUGGCCGUCAGUUUCUUGCUGGCAGCGGCCAUCCUCUUCAUGAUGAUGCGGCGUCGUCAACGCAAAAGUCUCUCCGGCAGUCCGUUACCGGACAAGGCGAAUUGGGCCUCCCAGGUCGGCAGUCAGCCCAGUCCGCGGCUAUUGGACGGAUCGGUCGGUGAACACCACGAGGAUCAAUUGCUGCAACAUCAUCGGGGAAAGAUCUACAACAAGAACAAUUCUCUUCCGUAUGGGAACAUUGGCGCCGACUUGUCGCGCUCGGACGCCGCCUCGCAGUACUUGCUGCCUCACUCGCCAGCCAGCGCCCAUUUGACAAGGACCGAAUAUCAGGAGCCUUAUCACGCCCUGCGCUUCUCGCCCUAUUAUAGUUACAGCACUCUGUUGCUGGCCGGAACUGAGGGUCCAAUGAAAAAGACCAACACAUCCGCAGUCUCAGACACGUACGACUACGCCGUGCCGGAUAUUAGCGGGAUUAGCAGCUGCAGCGCCGCCCAUCAGCCCCUACUGAUCCAGCCAGCUUUACAGAAACAGCAGCAUCCGCAUCAGCCCAAAUUGCCUACCGCUUCCCCUCCAUCGAUGGCGAUCGAAAUCGACACUUUGGCCUCAUCGUCUCAUUCGACCACCACUAACGGCUCGGCGUCCUCGGCGUCGGUCCGCCUCGGAUCCGGCAAGAACAAUAAUCAGCAGAUCGGGCACUAUAACGGAAUCAGCGAAUCCAGCCCAUUGAAAAAGCCAGCGGACCGCGCAGAAUUAUUAUCCGCCCUGAAAUCGAGAGCCGAAUCACUGAUUAUCCCAGAAUUAUCUCUCAGCAAACUGCAUCUGGUCCAGCGAAUCGCCAAUGGGGCGUUCGGCACGGUGUACAAAGCCGAAGCCGAGCACAUUCCCGAGUACGGAAGUGCCGUCUACACUUCACGGCGACUGGUGGCCGCUAAAUAUCUUCCCAAUACGUCGGAAAAAGACAAGUCGGGAUUCUACCAGGAAGUGAGGCUACUGGCCGCCUUGGACGAUCCUCAUUUAUCUCGUGUUCUGGCCGUCUGCACGACGGAAGAGCCAUUCUGUGUCGUCCUUGAGUAUUUGGACUACGGCGAUUUGAACCAAUUCUUAAAGUUGCACCGAUUCCGCCCGGAUCACCAAAUUAAUUUGUCCGAUAGUCGCAACAACAUUUCGAAAACGUUUUCUACUCCGGACGAAACAUUAACAAUGGGAAGUCUGAUAUUUAUUGCCAGUCAAAUCGCAUCUGGAAUGCGCUACCUCGAGUCACUAAAUUUCGUUCAUCGCGAUUUGGCCGCCAGGAACUGCCUGGUAGGCAAAGGGCUUCAGAUCAAAAUCUGCGAUUUUGGGACCGACAGUGACAUAUAUGGAUUGGAUUAUUAUCGCUCCGAGGAUCAAGCACUCGGUUUACCAGUCCGCUGGAUGGCAUGGGAAUCCGUCAUACAGGGGAAAUAUACGACCAAGAGUGACGUGUGGUCGUUUGCCGUCACCCUGUGGGAGAUCCUCGUUCUUGCCCGUCAGCGUCCCUAUCAAGAACUCAGCGACGAGGCCGUCGUCGAAAAUCUGCAACGGUUCGCGCAGGGGACUAUCGCCAGCGCCCCACCGUGCGUUUCCCUGGCGAGACCACAGCACUGCCCUCGCGAUAUCUACGACCUGAUGUGCGAAUGCUGGCGGCGACUGCCCACCGAACGGCCUUCCUUCCGUGAAAUCCACCUUUUCCUCCAGCGCAAGAACCUUGGCUACUCUCCCACUGCGUAGAAAAACCUUGUGCUACUGAAGCCAUGCAAAAAUGUAUUGUAUACUCUAACGACGAGCGUUUAGUUCAUCAUCUUUAGUUUUCGUCAACACGUAUACAAGAAAAUAUUCAAUUCCUGCAUAUCAACAGCGUCACAAAUUCUUGGUGAGAAACGUAACGGUUGCUUCUGCUGUGAUAUGUUCCAAUUUUGAAUCGACCACUGACAUAUUUAUGUAUUAUACAUAUAUUCUAAUAUCUAUCGUGUACAAAACCUUUUGCUGUUAGUUAUUAGCUAUUUCAUUAAUAUUGUUCGGAUAAGCUAGUCAAUAUUCGGCGCUUCAAUUUUCAUUUGUUCAAUGAUUACUUAAAAUGUGUCUUAUUAUAGUCUGGAACGAUGGGGUAAAUCUGGUUCGUUUGAUUCUUUGGAUAGAGUAUACACUCCUGGUAUUCAAUUGAGAAGUAAUCAAGUUAACGCGUAUAAAUGGUGAUCAAACAAUUUCUCACAUUCACUUAAUUUUGUAUUAUAUCACUCUGUCCGUCGAAACUCUUUUGUAUAAAUAACCAUGAUUGCUGGCCGCUUUAUGAAUUUAGUGUUAAUACAUUGGCCAUAAAUCGCUCUGUGGAA